GGCUUGUUUGUCCUCGUUUGCAGCCUCCGUAGGAACCUCUGAGCUCCCAGCUAGUUUACCCGGUGCUGCAUGGCUCAGUCUAUACCUGUGUGAGAGAAACACUGCAGCAGCCGAUCUCAGAGAGUUUCCAGAGGACUGUAAUAUUUACUAUCCGAUCGGUGGAGAUGUCUGACAGAGGCGAUGUGGAUUUAACCGGGGCCAAACAGAACACCGGAGUCUGGCUGGUUAAAGUACCCAAAUAUUUGUCCCAGCAAUGGGCCAAAGCAUCAGGAAGAGGAGAAGUGGGAAAACUGCGAAUUGGAAAGAAUCAAGGGAAAGCAGAGGUGUCCUUCACAUUAAAUGAGGAGUUGACCACGAUAGACAGCACUAGUGAGAAGGCGUCUUUGGUGCGCGCCCCCCGGGAACACCCCUUCACCAUGCAGACCGUGGGAGGCCAGACUCUGGCCGUGUUCACUGAAAACUCCUCAGGCCAGUCAGACGCUGAGGGCAGCAGCUCAGGUACUGGUUCAGGCCCAGACAAAAUAGCACUGGAGGGAGUGGUGGUGCAGCGAGCCGAGUGCAGACCAGCCGCCAGUGAAAACUACAUGAAGUUAAAAAAGCUACAGAUUGAGGAGUCAUUGAAGCCCCACAGAUUCUCCCAGCAGCUUGACAAGGCGGUCACCACCAACUAUAAGCCUGUUGCCAACCACGCGUAUAACUUGGAUUACGAGAAGAAGAAGAAGGAAGAGGGGAAAAGAGCGCGAGCAGACAAGCAGCAGGUGCUGGACAUGCUCUUCUCCGCCUUUGAGAAGCAUCAGUUUUACAACAUCAAAGACCUGGUGGACAUCACCAAACAGCCUGUGAUCUAUCUGAAGGAGAUCCUGCGUGACAUCGGGAUCUACAACGUGAAGGGAACCCAUAAGAACACCUGGGAGCUGAAGCCGGAGUACAGGCAUUACCAGAGCGAGGAGAAGAGCGACUGAGCUGCUGAGUUUUCCACUGAAUAGCAGCAGAUUCGUUCUCUGGCUGCUGAAAUUUAAUGUAUGAGCAGCUUUUGCUCCUUUUUUUUUUAGAUUUCAGUCUCCAGAGAGUGCUCUGUUUGUGUAGAGCUGUUUUUACAAAAUUAUUGAGUUUUUGUUUGGUUGCUGUUUUUUCUCUGUAUUAUAUUUCUUCUAAUGUGGAGAGAAGUUUAAAACCUGCUAUUAUUUUUUUAUUAGUACUUAGUAUUGAUUUUAAUCUGCUGAAUGCUGUGUUGAAAUAAAUGUUUUUGUACAAAAUCAAAAUGUGUGAUAUAAAUGUGGCUAACCCUCCCCUACAACAGCAAUUUAAACCUCCAGAAAUUAAUAUAACUAAAGGAAAUAUGGUAGGAAGUUUUAUGCAUCACAUACUUCAGGUUUCCUUGUUGAACUAUAUGUCAGUGGUUCUUGCAUUACUAGUAUCGUAUUAUUAAAUUAUGGCCUAAAUCUUAUAAAAUUAAGAUUAUAAAAUGCAUGCAAACUUAAUAUUAGUCAACACAAAUGUGUCUAAAGUAUUUUAUAAUAUUUAUAAUGUUAUACAGGUAAACCUGGUGUCAGACACUGGUGCAUACAAUUUGUUUACAGGACAUUAAAAAUAUAAUUGUUAAUUUUAUUUAUUUUAAAUUUUAUUGUGGUAUUUGUGGUACAAUUUGUUGAGAGGCGUUUAAACAUUAAAUAGAGGCAGAUUGACCUGUGAAGAUAAUAGAGUUAAAUGUGACGAGUGUGCUUUCUUAUGUAUAUAUUUAUUAAAAUUAAUCUCUAAUUCUG